AUGGAGCCGGUCGCAGAGGGCCCCAGUUAUACGUUCUACCCACGCACCAUCCAUUGGGAGUACCAGAACGGGUAUGGCGCCCUGGCGCAGUUUGGCACCGAGGACGUCGAAAAGACAGGCUACGAAGUUAUUGAGCAGCCGCGCGUGGAGAAAAACAAGUACCAGGAACUGCUGGACUCUGCACAGCCAACUAAAAGCGUGCUGGAAUCGGACAAAGUGCGUUACUGGACGGAUUUCACGAGGGUACUGUAUAAGCCGUGGGCGCUUCUGAGCAUUAGGAACUGGGAGUACGACUACAAGAGCCAGACGGGAUAUCUGAAAAUGCACCCAGAGAGAAAAUUUGAAGGUUAUGACGUGGGGGCAGCCGAGUAUAAAAACCAGCCGGACUUUGUCGACGAGACGUUGCGACAGACGAUGGAAAGAUGCGACUUGGUGAACGGCAUGAACCUCGUCACAGAAGUGGACUCUGCGUGGGGUGGGUUCUCGGACGAGUUAUUGGCCGACAUAAGAGACGAGUACGCGAAGACAAGCGUGCUCACGUGGAGUCUCACGCGGGACAACGAGCGAUUGAGUUUUGAAAAGCUGGUCAGCCGUGUGCGCGCUAGCGUGGGGCUGAUGCGCAACUCGUCACUGUACCUGCCGCUGAGCACGACGCCUCCGGUGCCCCGGUGGGCGGACGCGGCAGACCUGUGGCACGUCUCGUCGCUCCAGUGCAUCCCGCUUGAGUUGGUCAACGAUCUGUUCGCCGCAAAGCCGGCGCUCCUCAUGGCCGAUUUUGUGAACGGCUUGAGCACGAUGAGGGGCCAAAAUGUAGUGUGGGACAUAACCGCUGCACCCCACAUUUUUAGCUGUCGCCAGGUGUACGGAAACAAGGGAGACCAUUUUUUCGCGCAGACGGCCAUCACAAGAGGGGCAGCAAACAACGUGGACUUUUCCAGGUUUGUGGACAGCGGCACCUCGGCCAGACACUAUGUCGAGUACCGGUCGCCCAUCGCAUUCAAUAGCCGUCUCGACAGUUUUCCUGCAGGCUUCAGCGAGGAGGAGGGACACACCCCUUCUCUAUGCACCUUGGGAGUAACUAACGCGCCGCGCAGCUGGUUCAAACAGAUGGCCGCGCUGGUGUCGCGGCACUACAGAGGCGACGAUCGCGAGGAGCUCAGAGACGAGCUUGAAACUAUGGGCGAGCAGUAUGUGUGGGGGUACGAGUCGGAUGACGACUAUUGA